CAGCCCUCAGUGUCUUCCGGCCAACCGGUUCUGGCUAGCGGUGGUGUGUGCAAGAUAGGUCGAACAUGCGUAUGCCUUUGGCACUGUUCUGUUGCCUCCUUUCAAUCUUAUUUACGGAAUUAGUGUUUUUUAUAGUGGUAGUUCUUGCAUUUUAUUCAUUACGUAAUCUAACGGUUUUUUAAACACCUGACGAUGAGGCACUAUCUCAGACCUUUUUUUGGCAUCGGUACUCGGAAAACGAUUUUGGAACAUAUUGGCAAGACCUCUAACCCCCGCCACCGGUCGAGUGCUCCACGCCACGCCACCGCUGACCUCCACCUCCUCGCUCCCCCGUCCCGACACUGCCAUGUGCUGACCUCCCACCCGCUCCGGUCCCGCUUGCUCUCGUCUGUCGCUGUCACCUCGCUUCUGCAGCUCGCUUGCGCCGCGCGCGCCGGUUCUACACCUCCGGCGACAUUUCCUGCUGCACCAUUUACUUUGAAUACGAGCCUGGGUGUGUGGCCGUGGCGACUAGCAGUGCUAGUGAUGACCUAACAGGUCAUCCCGUAGUGAGUGUGUGCCCCGGUCCCCCGUGCGCUCUUCCCUCUUCCCCUCCCCACCACCCCCUGACCACCACCGCUACCGCCACCUCCACCGCCACCAUGGCCAUGGUCAACAUGAACAACCUGCUCAACGGCAAGGACUCCAGGUGGCUCCAGCUGGAGGUCUGCCGCGAGUUCCAGCGCAACAAGUGCUCCAGGCCGGACACGGAGUGCAAGUUCGCGCACCCUCCCGCCAACGUGGAGGUGCAGAACGGCCGCGUCACGGCCUGCUACGACAGUAUCAAGGGUCGGUGUAACCGAGACAAGCCGCCAUGCAAGUACUUCCAUCCCCCGCAGCACCUCAAGGAUCAGCUGCUCAUCAACGGGCGCAACCACUUGGCCUUGAAGAACGCGCUGAUGCAGCAGAUGGGUCUGACUCCAGGCCAGCCUCUAGUUCCUGGCCAGGUGCCCACCGUGGUUGGCGGAAAGUUCCAGAUUCCCACCCCAGCACUGACUUUUGGGCAGCCUCAUAUAGGCCUGAUGGCCACGAACCCCUACCUCGCUGGGAUGCCUCAGGUUGGAAGUACGUUCUCGCCCUACUUCUCGCCAGGACCUAUCAUCCCUGCCAUGAUGGGCCCAGAUCCUGCCACUCAGCUGGGAAUGGUCCAGCAGACAGUCGUCACACAACAGAAAAUGCCUCGGUCCGAUAGGCUAGAGCCGAGUGUGCUGGGUCUGCCCACUGCGCAAGAACUCCCCAGGAAGCGCCCCAGGGACCCUAGUGAUGACCUUCUACUGAUGGACAUGAAAAGUGUCGGUUCCUUCUACUACGAAAAUUUUGCCUUCCCCGGAAUGGUGCCGUAUAAGCGAGCAGCCGGGGACAAGUCCGGAGUUCCUGUGUACCAGCCAAGUGCGACGGCGUACCAGCAACUGCUGCAACCCUUCGUGCCCGUCUCAUGUGAGUACCGGGCCCCCCCUCCCCCCACCCAGGGUCUGGCCGCGUUCACGGGGGUGCCCCUCAACAAGCAGACCGCCCCUGCCCCGACUCCUGCCCCUAACCAACCGGCGUACCACCAACUGUUGUCCCACCACUUCGCGGCCCUAGCGGCCAUGCGCCCUCCUGUGCCCCCGGCCCCGGCCUACCCAUCCACCUCCACAGCUCCUCAUACCCAGCCCAACCCUAACCUCAUCACUGACCUACUUGCUGCUGCGGUCAACAACAACAACAAUGAUGACGAACUUCAACCGUACAAAAAAAUGAAAACUACCUGAACUGUGAUGAAUGUAUUGUAGAGUUUUGAUGUCGGCCUGAGUGUCUAUAUAGUGUUCCUAUAGUUCGCUAGUGCCCACGGUUAAAGUCUUUGUUCAUUAUAAACUUUUAAUUGAUUUUAUCUUUUUCUUAAAGAAAAACCAUGUUAAAUUUUUAUGUUAUUACGAUUUUAGUUUGUUAUAAGUUUUAACAUAAUGCAUUUUGAAGGUUUGUAGUGUUAGCGUUGUAGGUUCGUUCUUUUAGGUCGUUUGAAAGCGUUCACUGCUUGUCACUCACAACACAGCUUGAACUGUAAAUAGUGGGCUGAGGAGGGAGGCAUGGUUGUUGUACCCCCUUGUUGCAUUUUGUGUUUACCCGAAUUAUUACUUUAGAAAUCACUUUUCUGCUUCCGGUGAAUUUGGCGUAAUCUAAUAUUCAUGUGGAUAAUUCAUUUUAAUAACGGUCUUCAAUUUGGCAAUGUUAAGAAAUCAAACAAAACCAUAAUAUAUUUCUUAAGAGGUCUGACCUUCUACUAGUUUGGUAAUUAUUACAAUUAAUUGUUAAAAUAUUGUUCAAGUUAUUGUUUUAUUUUAAAUUGUUUAACAUUUUAAUUACAAGUAUUUAUAUAGUUUUAUAAGUCAUAUGUCAGUUAUCACUGUGCAAAUGAAAGUGAAAAAUAAACAUGAAAGUUGUUUUAGUGGAAUAGCAUAAAUAGUUGGUAAAACGAAUUUUAGUUGUUGUAGAUUUUGUUGAGUGUUAAAUAUAUCUUCAUUUCCUUCCACUUAGAAUAGAUGCCUGUUGUUGUUAUCAUCUUUGAUGAAUACUGCUAAACUAUGUGUUGAUAUAUGCUUGAUAAUUCUGCUACUAGUUAAAGUCUUGCUUGCUUUUGGUUUGAUUUCUUUCGUUUGCCGAUUGAGGCUGCUAAAAGAACGGACCUAACAAGUUUACUGGAUAAGUGCCUUUUCUCAACCAAUGCAAUGGCAUGCAUAGGCUGCUUCCAUUUGACAGCGGUACUGUGUUUUGUUGACAUCUGUGCACCAUUUUUUUCCAUAUUUAUUACAGUACAAGUGUGAAUGGUUAUUGUAGGACGAUUAACUUAUUGUAAUGAAUAAAACACAACAUUUACACAAACACUCGACACACACGAACACCUAUACGUACAUCGACACGACAAGUAAAUCUGUGUUAAUUAAAUUUUAGGUAAAAUAUAGUCAUUAUAGUGUAACUAAAUGGUGUGAAGAGAUGUAUAUAACUGACAUGAUUAACGAUACAUUCUAGAGUAUUUUGUGAUGUGUUGUAAACUUUGUGUAUCCAUGAACAUUUAUAAAGUACCUACAUCGGCAAGAAAAAAACAAUGUACAUUAUCUCCAAUAUUCUAUAUGAUAUCGUUUUGUCUUUUAUGUUACACUGUUCACAGUGUUUAGCUGUCUUAUAUAUUUAUAUUUUAAUCAACUGCUUAGCAGAAUAUUAAGAUACUAAGUCUGUAAGCUUGGUAGGCGUCAAAACGCUUAAAGAUAUCGUCAGUUAUGGCUGUAUUGUGACGGUCCAGUAUUAUGUAUUAAUCAUUAUUGCUACCGAGUAAAAGAAAUGCAUGAUUAUUGGUUUCAAUUAA